UCCCACAGCGCCAUCUAGAUUCGAUCUGUAUUAGUGCACGAAUAACACUAUCUCUGGUUUCAUGGGGAUUCAAACUGCCAUGUGGCAACCUUAGCUCUGCUACAUUAUGUUAUUCCAGCUGUAUACACAAGCAAGGACAGCUCACCUAUUUCAGCAUGGAUAGUGUAGGACUUCACCUCAAAGCAAAAGAACAAGAAGAAAGUCCAGCGCGGCAGUGUAGCCUAAAAACGUAUUAUUCCAUAAAUGACCUACACAACAGGAUAGUAGAACUGGAAACGAUGCGUUUCAGGAAUAAUGCUGCCAUCAUGUCUGUGGAUUCUAUGCUCUUUGAUCGUAUAACAAUUGCUAAAGAACUAAUAAAGAGAGCAGAAGUCCUCUCAAAAUCUCGCGCUGGAGGGGUCGAAGGUGGAGCAAAACUAUGCAGCAAACUGAGGGCAGAACUAAAGUUCUUACAGAAAGUGGAGGCUGGGAAAGUAGCCAUUAAAGAGUCCCAUUUGAAAAGCACUAAUCUCACCCACCUACAAGCCAUUAUUGAAUCUGCCGAGAGCCUAGAAGAUGUGGUCAGUGUUCUCCAUGUCUUCAGCUACAGUGACCAGUUUGGUGAGAAGCAAACACUGGUGGUCGAUGUGGUUGCCAAUGGUGGCCACACAUGGGUUAAAGCCAUAGGGAGAAAGGCAGAAGCUCUUCAUAAUAUAUGGAUUGGACGUGGCCAAUAUGGUGACAAAAGCAUCAUUGAACAAGCGGAGGAUUACCUGCAAGCAAGCCGCCAGCAACCUGUGCAGUACAGCAGUCCUCACAUUGUAUUUGCCUUUUACAAUAGUGUCUCCAAGCCUAUGGCUGAGAAGCUAAAAGAGAUGGGGAUAUCUGUACGGGGCGAUAUAGUCGCUGUUAAUUCAUCUGUGGGGAUUGUUCCAGAAGAAAACUACUUAAGCUGUAGUGAAUCUGAUGAGGACGAUGAUGGCUCAGAGCUUCUGCAUAUUGACAAGGUAGAUAGGGAAAAUGUAGUUGCCACUGUGGCUUUUCCAAGAGAAAUUAAGGUUGAAGUCUGCAACCGGGUAAACUUGGACAUCACAACUCUAAUAACGUAUGUAUCUGCUCUUAGUCAUGGGGGCUACCAUUUUAUCUUUAAAGAGAAGGUUUUGACAGAGCAGGCAGCACAAGAAAGGCGAGAAAAAGUAUUACCUUUGCUAGACUCCUUUAUGGAGGGCAAGGAACUCUUUGCAUGUGAAAGUGCGGUAAGGGACUUCCAGUCAAUAUUGGAGACUUUAGGAGGAGUCCAUGAGAGAGAACGGGCUGCGUUGCUCCUACAGAGAAUUAAUGUAGUGCCCGAUCAACCUUCUGAGCGUGCCUUAAAACUUGCCGCUAGCUCCAAAAUCAAUAGCCGUUCAGUCUCCAUAUUUGGGACUGGGGACUCCUUAAGGGCAAUUACCAUGACUGCUAAUAGUGGCUUUGUAAGAGCGGCCAAUAACCAGGGUGUUAAAUUCAGUGUGUUUAUUCACCAACCUCGAGCGCUUACUGAGAGCAAAGAGUCUUCUGCAACUCCCGUACCAAAGAAUCAUGUGGCUUCCGACCUGCCCUGACCUCAGCCAGGAUCACCUUAGUCUGGUUAUUAUCUACUUAUUCAUAGGAAAAGAAUACCGAAUGUUCUGUUAAUGUAUCCCAAAAUAUGAAUUCUUUAACAUAUGUGCAGAAACAUGUUCAAUAAAGAGUUAAAGCUAUGCACUUUAGCCACACUUGGUUUUGUUGUAU